CAUCAUAUCUUCUCUUCACAAACGCAAACAUCAAAACCCAAACCCCCAAAUUGCCAAAUCCCGAUAAUUAGGGUUCGUUCAAUCUUUUCGGAUUCUCUUUUUAAUCAUCAAUUAAAUCCCAGUUCGGCAGAAUUUUAGUGUUUCAAUCCAUUAUAUAUUCAUCGCCUUAACCUUGGAAUUCAAGGGUCCCAAAAUUCGUUGUCGUCUCUGUGUCAUUUCCAGUAUCUUUAUUGUCUGUUUACCGUGGGGCGUAAUUCAUGGCUUCAGAGGGGAAAGUUUCGUAUGCGUCCCUGUCUAAUAUGGAAAAGGCGAAUACCAAGUUUUCUUAUGUAGAUGAUUUUGAUGACACUCCCUGGCCACCGCAAGAAGGCCAUAAUGCGGAGGUGUUGAAUCAUAAAGUGUCAUAUCCAAAUCCGCUUGAUUCUGAUGAUUUUAUGGAUCGAGGUUAUGACUCGGGUGAGGAUCAGUACCCACCGGUGUCGAGAAAUGGCCCACCUGAGGUGAACUUGAAAAAUGUUAUGGGUGGGAUAUUUGCCAUUCUUACUGGACGGAAUAAAGAUCAUUCUGCUGUAAGAGGUCUCCCUCAGUUGCCAAGUUCUAAUGUAUCAUUCCUUGGAUCUGCAAAGGAUGGAGAAACAGUCUUGCAUUCUUCAGUUUACAUUCCGAGUGCUCCCCCACUUCUUGAGCAGAAUGCUUUCAAUUAUAAUGCUUACAAAGAUGUCCUGGAGGCUGAACCACCGGAAUGGCUUCCAGACAGCUCGACAACAGUUUGCAUGCAAUGCACUGCUCCCUUUACAGCUUUGACUCGUGGUAGACACCAUUGUCGCUUUUGUGGAGGCAUCUUUUGUAGGGUGUGCUCAAAAGGGAGGUGUUUAUUGCCUGCCAAGUUUAGGGAAAGGAAUCCGCAGAGGGUGUGUGACACUUGCUAUGAUAGGCUUGAUCCAUUGCAAGCUGUAUUGAUCAAUACCAUCAGCAAUGCUUCCCAGGUUGCAAAGCAUGAUGUGAUGGAUUGGACUUGCUCGAGAGGGUGGUUAAAUCUUCCUGUGGGGUUGUCCAUGGAGCAUGAAAUAUACAAGUCGACCAAUACAUUGAGGAACUUUUCGCAGGUGGCUAGGUUGAACCCGGAGAAGUCCAUCCCUGCGGCUGUUUUGAAAGGAGCAAGAGGAUUGGCAAUCUUAACAGUUGCUAAAGCUGGUGUGUUACUUUCUUAUAAACUUGGGACUGGCUUGGUUGUUGCCCGGCGAUCAGAUGGGUCAUGGUCGGCACCAUCUGCCAUUCUCUCUGCUGGUUUGGGAUGGGGUGCACAGGUCGGGGGUGAACUCAUGGAUUUCAUAAUUGUGCUGCACAACACCAAAGCUGUGAAAACAUUUUGCAGUCGCAUGCAUUUUUCUCUUGGUGCUGGUUGCAGUGCUGCUGCUGGACCAAUUGGGAGAGUUGUUGAGGCAGAUCUACGAGCUGGAGAUAAAGGGUCCGGCAUGUGCUAUACUUACAGUUGUAGUAAAGGUGCAUUUGUGGGGGUCUCGCUCGAAGGGAACGCUGUUGCAACAAGAAUGGACGCAAACCUUCAUUUCUACGGCGAUCCAUACCUAACCACAGCUGAUAUCCUUCUUGGAAGUGUGGAUAGGCCAAAGGCUGCAGAACCAUUGUAUGCUGCUCUCAGAGACCUUUACUCCAAGCUGUGAAGCGCUAGUCCUUGCCCGGGCCGGUUCGCGUAUAGUAUAGUGCUUGCUGGUGACAUGUACAUAUCAGAUGCUUAUAUUUUGUUCAUCUACAUUUAAAAAAUGCUCAUAAACUUGUACAUAAAUUGGUUUAUGUUACUAGUCACAUACUUGAAGUACUACUCUUCUCCUAAAAUAUAUAUGAAGAUUUCUACUAUUAUUUUUA